CACUUUCCACUCAACAAAACAAAACAACUAAUUCAAUUCCCCUUUUCUUAGACUCCUCCUUUCGGCAAUCCUUCAAAUUAUUAAACCCUUCUUAGUUCUAUGCAAUCCUUCAAAUUAUUAAACCCUUCUUAGUUCUAUGCAAUCCUUUAAUUCUGCCCUCGGACUUAAUUAGAACUUAGAGAAGUAUGCAAGCCUUUGACUCCAAUAUGAGCAUCAGUGAUCAUUUGCAACCCCAAUCAACUAAUAAUGUAAAACCAAACUAUGUUUCAAGCCACCCCAACAAUAUUCAAAUUCCUCAAACUCAAGCCUCUUUCUCUAUGCCUCCAACAUCCUCAAACUUAAGCAACCGCAAGCCCUUCUUGAAGAACAUCUCAAUCCCUUCAACAAGACCAGCCCUCACAAUGACCUUCACACAACAAAAUGAAAGAACAACCGUUAAUUGCAGCAACCAAAGUUUCUCGGAAAAUUGUUAUCCGAACGAGGAUAAGCAUUAUAGAGGCGUUAGGAGACGACCAUGGGGGAAGUUUGCCGCAGAGAUUCGCGACCCGAAUCGGAAAGGAUCCAGGGUGUGGCUCGGAACAUUUGACACAGCCAUAGAAGCUGCUAGAGCAUACGAUAGAGCUGCUUUCAAGAUGAGAGGAAGCAAAGCUAUACUGAACUUCCCUAUUGAAGUUGGAGAAUACUCUAAAGAAUGUUCAGUUUCUUGCUCAAUAAUGAAGGUUGGUGGGAAGAGGAGAAGAGAAAAUGAUGAAGAGGGUAGUGAAAAUGUUGUGGAGAGUAACAAUAAGAAGCAAGUGAAGAAAGAGGAGUGCUUUACGGCAUGUCCUUUGACACCAUCGUGUUGGAAAGGGUUUUGGGACACCGAAGUUAUGGGAACAAUCUUUAGUGUUCCUCCUUUGUCACCUUUAUCUCCACUCAUGGUUGUUUGAGUAUUGAGACUUUGAUUUCCUUUCUUACUUGUUAGAACUUAGAAAAUGAAGAGUAAUCCAAAGAUAGUUGGUUAACAAAAUAUGCUAUUUAAAUAUCUUCAUUUGAUAUUCAUAGGGGUGUAUAAUUUAGAGUAUAAAAGCAUCAUAAAUGUUUGCACCAUUUUGUGUAAAAGAUAAAUUUUGAGUAAAGUAUCAUUUUUGUCCUCAACGAUUGGGAUAA